GAGCAUUCCAUCUGCACUUCCUGUUCAAGUUUGAUCUCGUCAACGAUAGGAAUUAUUACUGUUUAUUUACUAAUUAUGAUGUGUACUGGAUUAUUCGGUGUUACAAGAAGAGAAAAUAUGGAAAAAUCAUAAGAAUGCCCAUCACAGAUAGAUAACAGGUUAAACAGGAGUCGAACACAAACUCUGUUAUCUUGUUGCUAUCAACGCUUUCCAGACAUCACAUCAACACUGUCAUAUUCGUUAUGAUUUGAUAUUCAGAUGUCAGAAGCAAUGGCCACAGACUACAGAAUAGAACAUUUCAUCGGUUUAUAAAUAUAUCUAUCUGUAUAUCGUGAUGGGUUCACAUUAAUUUGGAAACUUUUAAACAACACGCGACAAACAGAUACAAGUCAGAAAUGGCUGCAGCAGUACAACAACGCCAAGAUAAUGAGAUUGAUAGAUUCAUCAGUGAUCAGCGACAGAAGCUUCAGCAGGAACGACAUACCGGCAAUGAUGGUGAGACAGAGAGGGGUAGGAGACGACAGUGGGACAAAUCGGGCUAUAAUCAGUAUGCUGAACAGAUAGAUUGUGAUGAAGAUGAAAGUGCAAAUGCGUUUUCAAAACCUUGUCCAACACCAGAGUUGAGCUUAAAGUUAGGACAAUAUGAGAAAGUACGCUUACGACUAAACGCUGAACGUCAACAAGAAUAUAAUGACCUACUGCAGAACUUACAGUCUCCCCGAGAUCUAUACAACUACGAUGUUGUUAAGAAGGAAAUGAUGGAGGACAAGAAAAAGGGAUAUCUGGAUUACCUACAACAGAACCAAGGGCGAGCACUGAAGAAGGAGCCGACACCCCCUUUAGAGGGCAUGAAGUUUGGAGGGUAUGAGGAGUACAAGCGGGAACAAGAGCCUGAACGCAGGAGACAGUACAAGGAAGACCUAGAGAAGCAAAAGCGUGAACAAGCUUAUAUAAAGAUGAAGAGGGACUAUCCCAACAAGCAGCCAGUAGCCAAUGCCUCUCCACGGCAAGGAGAGACAACAGAUCGUAGUCAGUACCGCAGUCGUAUCGAGAAGAGCCAGCAGAAGCAGUACGGCAAGAUGUUGGCCCAACAACCGGCAGUGAGGGACGUUCGCCAUCAGGACACACAGCCCCGUCGGCGAUCGCCCUCCCCUGAAUUCAGUGAUCCGGGAAUGCAGCUCCAGGCUGAACGUAUACGAGCACGCAUCAGAGACCUUCCCACACGACCAGAGGAGGUUGAGGAGCUGCAGAAAAAGCAACAACAGCAGGACACACUACAGAGACAAUUGGAGGAAAUAUCGCCACGGGUUUCCUACGAGGAGCGUCGGCCACCUCCUGACCUCAGUCCUAGACUAGACGACUAUGGCCCCGGACCAUCGGACAGGUAUCCCUCGCUCCAGGAGGAUUACAGACAGCCAACACAGCUUAAAGUUCCAUCUAAAAAGAAAGAUGAUGGUGAUUUGUUGGGGGAAGGUUUACGUUUACCACUCUCUGGCCACGAGGGUCAGCGCCAGCAACUAAAGGAGGCAGUGAAGAAAGAUUACAAUGACAUGCUUGCUCAGCAAGGCACCAACAUAUUAGACAAGGACACAAGAGCUCUACAAGGGGAGGCAAUCAGCCUACCCCUGUCUGGCCAUGAGGAGAAGCGUCGAAAGAUGGUAAAGGAGAGACAAGAGGAAUACAAGGAUAUGUUGGCCCAGAAAAAGUUUCAAGGUCAACCAAAAAACAGAUGCAACGUUGAAGGUGAAGACAAAAGUCUGCCAGUAUCUAAUCAUACAGAACAACGUAAACAAUUACCACAGGAUAAAACCCAUGACAACGUAGAAACGGUCGCCAAGAGAAAGUCAGAGAAAUCCGUGCGUAAUCCCCUUGAAGGGGAGGCCAUAAGUCUUCCACUAUCUGGCCACCAGAAGGAGAGGCAGCGACUGAUGGAGGAGAGACGGCGCGAGUACAACGAAAUGAUCAGCCAGCUGAAGUCGAAAAAAACGAAAGGAAAAGGAACAAAGUCGACUUUUGUCCCAGAAGAACGUAACACAAGUGACAAUAAAAAUGUGUCCGACACAAAGCGCAGAGAUUUUACUCAGCAAUAUGAUAGUGAGGAUGAAGGAAGGGAGACAACUGAUUUGGAAAAAAAGCUGCAACAACUGCGCAGCAUGCUUGAGCCUGACCCCUACCCUCGGGACCAGGCCCGCCCUGAACUGCUUACUUCCAUGCCCCAGGGCCAGUAUGAGAUGGAGAGAGAGCGUGUUGACUAUGACCGUCAGCGCCAAAACGAGGAAAUGUUGUCCAAGCUCGAGGAGAACCGCAUAUUUCUAAAUAGAAUACACCACCCCUGGAGAGAAAACCCCACCCGACAGACACUCAAGGACGCAGUGCCUGUACACUCAGUGUCCGCGUAUAACGUCUCACCUGUGGUGAUAGACGAUUACGUCACACCUGUUGAUGAUGAGGUGGAACAGGUAGAGCAGGAGCAGAAACAGAAUACAGGGAGGAGGUUGAAAAGAGAGAAGGACGAGGGACGUCCCGUCACCCCAGGUGGACUCUUGAAUAAAAUGGGACGUGAUCAACAGGACCGCACCAAUAAACUCAACAAUGAACGCAAGAAAGAAUACAACCAACUCCUCACACAGCAAGCUGUGGCUAUAAGAGACAUGACCAAAUCUUAUGCAGAGGUCUUGGAAAGUGAGAGAUCAGAGGACCCUCGACCUGUUCGCGGCCACCCUCCCAGGCCUGACUAUAAGUCUGUUCCGCCCCGGACCCAAGCUCGAUUUGAGGAUUCUCAACAGGAGAGUUUCAGUGGAGGACUCCCAGGGCCGUCAGCUGGGGACACUGAACAGAUGCGGAAAAGGACAGAAAGAAAUGACGAAUACAAUGAAUUUUUGAGAAAUAAAGAGGACAAACAAAGAUCAAAUUCAGCGGAUAGGCGCCCUCCACUCCCCCGGGAACGGGAACGUCCAAGAUCUAGACAUGGAAGGAAUUCCCCACAACAGGAGGAGGUUCCUAGGUUAGACCUUGGGGGUGGUGCCCAGCCACCUACACUUCGUCGUAAACAGAAGCAACCAGAGACGUUUGUGGCCUCACUGCCCGGCCUUCAGACCAACUCUGCCCAGAGAAGACGUAAGGAGGAGGAGAGAAAUAGAGAAUACAAUGAAAUGUUGAAAAAGCAGAAAGGCAGAGGUAGGGGGCGAGGCUCCCCCCGGGAUGCACCCCCGGAGACGAGGCGGGGAUGGCAGACCCCCACCUAUGACGAAAUCCUGGAAAAGAAACGUAGAGAGGAACGGCAGUACAGGAGACAAGAGGAACCUUACGGGGACAACAGAGGCAUGAGACCAUAUGCUAGUGAGGGUGCCAUAAACAGAGUUGGGGUAGAUGAAGUAAAGAUGAGGGACCUAGAUCGGGAAUACGAGCAGAGGAGAGUGAGGUUCCAAAAUGACCGAUCAAAGGAACAAGGCAUCUUAGACGAUGAUAAUUGGUUAAGGACAGAUGCAGCCAAAGAACAGCAAUAUUCCAAAUUGGUCAAAAGGAUAAGUGGACCAAAGGCUGAGGGCUAUUUGGAUUCAAAGUCAGACUCAGAACUUGAAGAAAACUUUGGAUACCGCCAAAGACAAAGAGAGAACACAGAGGAAGCACCAAACCCGCGCCAAAAAGAUAUGUCACGACCCCCUGGGGAUUUCUUCGCCACGCUACCUCUAGGUAAAAGUGAAGGAGAACGCCGAGAUAGAGGGCAGCCUAGCAGAGACAGUGCUACCCAGAGAAAGAAACAGAAGUACCGUGAUGAACUGCAGCUUCAGAUGCGAGAUCAGAAGGCAGCCAAAUUCAGGGAAAAGAAUGAAGAGUUGAUGGUGGCAGCGUCUGGAUACCUUGAUCCUGAGAAAACACCAGUCCGAGUACGAAAUCUCGGUCAGCCAGGAAUUUCUCCUCGUCGUAGGGCUAGAAGUCCUGAAGUCACAGCAUAUCACGCCAAGAUUGUUCAGAGGCAACAGGCGGGUCAGGGAAGUGGAUAUGAUCCGUCAGGAGACUUUGGAUUGGGAGGGGGUGUGGCGUUUGGAGCAGAUGCUUCAGCACCAAAGGGGCGUCGGCGAGAUCAAGGGGGAUAUGAGCCGUCGGCUUACUUAGACGGAGGAGGAUUUGACACCAAUCUGUUGGAGCCACGUAGACCCAAGGGUUUAGCACUUCCUCCAGGACUACAGUAUCAACCCUCGUUUGCUGCUCUGGACCCCGACACAGGCGUACCUAGUACCUACAUCACGGGCCAGGACAGCAUCGGCGGUCUCAACGCUCACAGCUCUAUAGACGACGCCUACAGGUUCUACGGCAUGAGGAAUCCACUCGACCCCGAACCCGCGGGCGGAGGAACUGGUGUACCCCCUCUGAAUCUUGGAGGGGACAAUCAAGCACCUCGAGGACGCUCUCCGAGGGUCACCUUCGAUGACAGUCACCGAGGAAUCCUGAAAGAUAGUGCCCGGCGACCGUCUCGACACAGAAGUCCUGGCCGAACAACGCCCUACCAAUUUGAUGCUGACCAAGAGGACCGCAGCACCACAAAUAUGAACAAGCGAGAGUAUGCUAACGACCUAGCUCGACAGAUGGAGUUAGACAAAAUGAAGAGAGAAAGGGCAAAACAAGAAAAUAUGAGGUAUGAGAAGAAGAUUGAAGAAGACAUGCUGAACUAUAACCCCUUUGGUCGGUCUGGAGGUGGGGCUCCUAACCUCGACGCCAAGGGACAGCCAAUAGCUGACCUUCGACAAAUGAAGAGGAGAGUUGAUGAUCCUUCAUACUCCCCAACUCCUCGUGAGUCGCCCCGCUUCAGGGCACCAGUAUCUCCCAAAGAUGACCUCAUACCUCCUCCUCCCGGCCAGAUCAACGCAGAGGGAGAGUCCACAUAUGCUCUUGGUGGUCACGGAAUUUUUGGAAAUCCUAGAACGGAGGAGGAGAAAUCUAAAGCAGACAAAUACAAGGAUGACUUGAGGCUACAGAUAUUAGAAAAGAAACGACACGAUCAGUUAAUAAAAGAACAAGAAAAAAUAGAGGAGGAAAAGGAAAACCGCCGACUGGAAGAACAGCGACAAAGAAUACAGAGGGACUUUGAUGAGGAACAGAGAAAAAAACGAGAUAAAGAGGAAGAGAAUCGCAGAAAACAGGAGGAACUCAUAAGGAAAAACGAAGAAAAGAGACGAGAGGCGGAGCGGUCUAAACGAGAAAAGGCUGAGAUUCGUCAGAGAGAUAGGGAGAGGGAAUUAGAUGACCAGACGAGAUUUGAGUCGCAACAUCGUACUUCAUCGCCACCAGUUCCAACACUGCGCAGCAAACUCGCCACAACAGACGGAGAACCGAAAGGAGAAGGUGAGGACGCUAGGACAGAUUCGCCGCCUGUUCCCGCCUCACGGACACAGCAGGAACCAAGGCCACAGCCCAAGGCACGGCCUCCACCAGAACCUGUACAAAGAGCCAACAGUUCGGAUGUCCUACGGGAGCUAGCUAACAUGAGACAACAGCUGGAGAGUGAGAGGAAGAGAGUGGAGGGUGCCCUCAACAAACAGAGGAACGAACCUGAGGUUUUUGACCCCAGAUUGGUACAGAGACCUCCACCGAAAGAAGUGGAUGUAUUUGAGAGAGCUACCCAAGGCAAUGCUUCUGUUCCUCAGAGGGUGACCGAUAACGCCAACCCGAAGAAUAUACAGGAGUUUCAGGACCUCAAAUACAAAGCCCCUGAUGAGGGACCUGUCAGACCCCCAGCUGCCCCAACAUCUGAGGCCAGUACUGGUGAUACAGAGUCGCGGCGCGCGUUCAGGAGCAUGUUCCCAGAACAGCCGUACACCAACAACACCCUGGAGUCGCAGCAGGACGCCAUGCUGAGACAACAGAAUGAACAGAUACGCACUCUUAAGGACAGGAGCUACGUUCCGCCAAAUGACCUAGGUAUGUCAGCGCGCCAAGGGACCGGCACGCCAAGAUCUCUGCUCCAAGCCAACACAGCAUUCAUAGAUGUAGAAAAUGUUAAUCACUUCCCGGAGGACUUCGACGACAUGCCAAAGAGGAAUGAUUCUGCCCGCUUUAGGAGGAGGGAACGGGCCACACCCCUGCAUGAUCUGGCUGGCCCGUCCAAUGUGAUGGGGUCCGUAUCUAGUCUGGAUGUCGACAGACUGCAGAGGAAGAACGACGCCAGGAUCAGACGCUUACAGCAGAUGAACGCUGAUGAGGUUUCGAUGGCAGACCCUGAUGAAAUUCUAGAAAACUUCAUGGCCAAGCAGAGAUAUAACAGACCGCCAUCUGGACAAACCCUUCAGGACGAUACGUGGCUACAACCAGGCAAUAAACAGUUAUAACGUCUCCCUAGCUCUCUAGUGCUUUAAUAUUUAUAUAAAUAUCGAAAAGGACGAUUUCAAUACAUAUCAAACCUGCCAGCAUAAACAGACUCAAGACUGGACAAUGGGUCUGGGUGAAAUCGUGUUCACGAUACGGCCAGAUGUUGUGACAUUUAAACGGCCAACCAGGAAAACUCAAAGUACAGAAGUGUUUUCCACUGGAUGUGAACGUUUUCAUGGAAAGUUUGUUCAUGUGAAAUGACAAAAAUAUUGACGAAUAUUUACAUGUAUAAUUGUGGAUAUGUAACCAUGGAAAUGGGGAAAAAAAGAAACAGACUUGGCUACAAACUGUCCAUACCAAAUCUGAGGGUUCGGAAACAAAAUGCUGUUAUGUACAAUGUGAUUCCGGGGUGACAGGCACCAGGUUUUUACCCUAAUCAAAUCAUUUGUUUUGUAAUACAGAUAAUAUAGGAAUCAGGAAUAUUGGUGUGGCCAACUUUCCCCAAUAUGGAUAUCAUUCAUGGAAAUUAAAGACGCAUACAAUCCAUGAUAAUCUAUAUACCGGGGGUAUAUAUUUUUAUUGGCCCAUUCCAUGAUUUUCCUCAUCCUGGUGAUAAAAUUGAGACUUUGCUUUAUAGCUACAUUGUAGUAUCCUAGAUGGACCAAUAAGCAUGUAGAUAUUAAUAUGUAGAAUAAUUCAGUUUGUUCCAUUGUACUGGCACAGUGUGUCACAGGGACCACGAAGUUAUAUGUCCAUUUGUCCGUCCGAAGCAUUGGAAAUAUAUUCAAUGUCAAAUUGUUGUUUAUAUCAUUAACUGUUUUGUUUGUUGUAUUUUUGAACAUUACAGUAAAGCUUUUUUUAAAUGUCUAUGAUAUUCAUUUUUGGGGGAUUUUCUUUUAAGAAUGAAAGAUUAACUUGACAAGACAAGAACGGUCAAGAAAACAAUUUUGGUAAAGUCAACAAAUAAUUUAGAACAUAAAAAAAAUAAUUAAUAAAAAAUAAUUAAUAAAAAAUAUUUGUGAUAUUUAAAAGGGAAA